CUAUAAAUCUAUCGAUUCCAACUUCUAUUAGAUUAAAAAUCGAAAAUCGAUAUAAUUCACGACAGAUUUUACUCGACCACCCCUACUAAAUUUGAGAAGUAUUGUCAAACUAUAAAGUUAAAAACUUACCCUGGCUCGGAUAUGUAUAUUUAAUAUUGUAAUUAUUUAAUAUUUUUGAAUUUGCGGUCAUGUCUUUGUGUUAAAGUUGAACUGUGUGUUAUGAUGGCAGUAGUAAAUUAGUAUAAUUUAGGAACUCCUGUUUAAAAUUUUUGAGCCAUGAAACCGGUAUUUUGUACUAUAUAAAUUUUCUCGAAUAUUUUUGUACUAUAUAAUUAUUAUAUUUUGCCUAGAACUUCGGACUUUUUAAACGAUGUCUCUAGAAGUCACAAUCAAGGAAAUAUGCGGAAAUUUGUGUUCAAAUAAAGUUACUGAGAGAAAACGAAGUGUGGAAACUUUAAAAGAUUAUCUUACUAGAAAUGCAGUCCCAGAUUUGCUUUCUGAUAAUACACGAAAAAAAGCUGGCUUUGGUUGGAAUGAUUUAUUUGAUAGUAUUACUGACUAUUUGUUGAAGGAAGCAGAGAAAUAUGAAUCUUCUAAAACUUUUCAUACUGUAACAUAUCCAUUAUGUGUAAGCAUACUCCAUUUAUGUGUCACUGGUUCAAUUAAGGGUAGAGCAUAUAUAAAAUGUGAUAAGAUUAUAGAAGCAGCCUUGUUUGUAUUAAGAAACAAAUAUUUAACAAAUGCAAUUGGUGAUGCCUAUCUCAGUUUAUUACAGAAACAUGUUCUAUCAUGCGAAAAUUAUGUUACUCUUAUCACUCCUGGUACAUGGGAAGAGUUACUAGAUGUUAGUAUAGCAGGAUGUCUAGACAAAAUAUCUAAAUUGGAUGAUUUCACAAAGUUAAAGCUUCUAUGGCUUGUUAUAAAAAAUGCUAAGGAAUGUUGUCAGUUCUCAUGUUCAUUACGAAACAAUUUGACUGACAUUACUGAAUAUUUCCAUAAUAUAAAUAAAAUAAAUAGAAACAAAAAAACAUUAGAAGUUGUAUCUGAUAUUGUAGUGUUAAUAUUAGAUGUGUUGUAUUUAGAAAACAGAUUGAGUGUGUGCGAAUUUAUUGAAAAGAAUUUACCUCUGAUCUUUGAAUUCUAUGAACAAAAUUUAGAUGGUAAACAGAAGUCACAUGUAUUUAGCUUAUUGCAUACGUCAAUAGCAAUCCAUCAUCCACUAGGACGGAUAGAGAAUGAGGAAUCAGCACUGGCACAUGACUGGCAAGUGUGGAACACACGACUUCAAAGCAUCAUGGAAUUGGUAACCAGUGAAAUAAAUUAUAUGCAAAAAAACCAUAGAAACAGUAAUGUCUCACUGUACACAUGUACAUUUUUUAAUCAAGUUUCAGCGAUUAUGUUUUUCUUGACUUUCAAAAUGUCGGCACAUGUAGAUCUGAGUUGCGAUGGUGAAAGAGCAGCAAAAAGACCACGCACAAAUUUCAAUAUAAAACAAAAGUUUAAGGAUUUAAUUGGAGAGAUCAAGCAAAAUCAUGUACCUUGGUUAGGAAUAACGGAAAUGUAUGUGAAACAUUUUGGAUGUUCCUUAUCAGCACAUGAUCAUGAAAUAUUAAUAAAGGCCCUAGAGGAAUUUGUUAAGACCAGUAAUAUUAAAGAAAUUUGGUGUAUAUUUGAAUCUUUAACUUGUCAAGUAUUGAAAAAUUUGAAUGAAGGUGCUUUUACUGGUUUCACAGAACAUAUAAUUUCAUUAUGGACUACAUGUGUAAGAAAUUCAACAAAUAAUUCAUCUCAUAAAGCAAUACAUGGUGUACUUCAAACAAUUUUGUCAUUGAAUAUCUUGGAUUAUAAGGACAUUAAGCCAUUAUUACUAUUGUACUAUGAAAAAGGGAUGCCCGUCAGUAACAGCAGUGUACAAACUUUAAACAUGUUAUUUAAAAAAUUUUACAGUAAAUGUUGUUCUAACAAUGGCCGUACUAAAUGUUUCAAAUGGUUCAUAAAUGGUCAAGUAACCCAACUAGAUAUGGAUACAGUAAGAGAGUUAUUUUUAACUUUAUUGUUAAACGAUAAUGUUAAUAAUAACGUUAAAAGAUCUGGUUGCAUAGAAAAUGAAACUCUUUAUCAUAUUUUAUUCAAAACGGUCCACAAAAGUAUUUUAUAUGCAGACUUUGAAUUACAAAUAACAGAACCGGAACCGAACAAUAAAGCUAUUCAACAAGCCUUAGAAAUAAAUGAAGAGAUGAAUUACCAAGUAGUAGAAUGUUUGCAAGAAAGACUUUUAGAAUCCAAUGAGAAGAUGGAAAAAGGAAAUUUUGAUCUAGUUGAUUGUUUCAAAAUAUUAAAAGUAACACUAACAUACUUAGAUAUUGCACUAAAACAUAAUUAUCAUAAAGUAAUAUCUGAACAAAUAUAUGAUAAUUUUAAAAGCAUUCUCAAAACUGCAUACACAAUGGCAAUAAAGAUAUUGAAAAGUGGAGUACAGAUAAGUGAAAAGAAUGCUCUACUUAAAGCAUUACAAGUGAUAUUAGAGGAAUAUGAUACAGUAUUAAAUAAUGAUGUGAGAACGUGUAUUGAUAAUGAUUUCUUUCAUUGCAUUACUGGUAUUCUGCAUAGCGAUGUUCCUGCCGACGACGAUGAGAGCGACCUUGAAAUGUGUCACAAUGUAUUAAAGAAUAAUUGCAUAUUUUUCUUAGCAGCAUACUGUAAAAAGAAUUUAAACUACAGAGACGAACUUCUAGAAUUGAUUCUUAAUCCAGAGUUAUACAAUUUCUCAUCUCAAUUGGAUGUUGAAUUUGCAUUAAAAUGCAUAAGGUUCUUAAACCAAUCUGAUAUUAAAGACAGUCCUAUAGAAUCAACAUUUGUAUUAAUGCAAUCAAUGUGCAAAGAUUUGUUUCGUAAGUCAACAGCGACUGCAAGCAUUCUACAGACGUUGUUAAUUAUAAUAGACAGAGUUUGGCAGCAUGGCGAUAACUUGCGUCGAAAUUGUCUUAUAAUGGUCAAAAGUUAUUUGCAUAGAUGCGAAAAUAUGUUCUACCCACCUGAAGUUGCCGCGCUCGUGUAUCAAUGUGUCACUAAAAUUAUUAUACUUAAUAACAAAGAUGUCAACCCUAUUGAAUUAACUUUUAAAGAUGUUAUAAUUUACAAAAUAAAGGGAAAUAUUCACUCUCUACGUCUGUAUUGUGGAUAUUUAAUAAAUGAAAUGAAAGAAGCAUUCAACGAAGAAGACGUAUUUUCCUGUUUACUAAAUAUAAAGGAUUUAUUUACGGUUGCACUAUCAAAUGAAAAGGACACAAUUUUAAAGGACGAACUAAGUAACAGAACUGCAUCUCUACUGCAUACUUAUUAUCUUUUGGCGAUUCAUAAACCUUCAAAGAUACACCAAAUAGUGCAAGAAAUUAUUUUUCUACAACAGGAAAAAUCACUGAAUAAACCAAUUGUCAAGAAAGUAUUAAAUAUUAUUAUCAAUAAAGUAACACAAAAAAGUCUUGAUAAUUAUCUUGAUCAGAAUAUACUAUGUUUAUUAGAAUAUUGGCUCGAAAAGAAGUUGCCCUUGGACAAUUUGCCUGUGUCUUUAUUCAACUUUGAGAGUGAUUUGUUUUACAAAAAAUAUAUGAAUUGGUUGGUAUCCGCCGACAUACUUUGGCGUCAUCAGGGUAAUGUACAAAAAAGCGAUAUGAUGAAAAAAUUUAAACAAAUGCAAUCUGAGGAAUCAAUUUUGGAGGAAAGCUUCUGUAACAUAAUAAUAUUGAGUUUGCCGUACAUCGUGAAUGAAAAAUAUAGUUUGGGUGUGAACAAAUUCAGUUGCAAAGAGUUAGCGAGUGCGGCAAGCAGGAUGUUCCAGCAAAUGAGACAGAAGCUGCAAAGUGAGACAUGGUCCAAACUGUUUGUUGAGAACAUGGACCGGCUCGUGUUGCUCACUGCUCUACAUUUGAAAGACAACACUGACGCUAAACAAACCUUUGAUGUUGAAGUAUCAAAUAGUGUUGAAUCAUUCAGUUAUCCAAAAGAAAUAUUUUGUGGAAUUUUAAAGUAUUUUGGUGAACUAAUUGAUGAUAAUAUAAUGGAAUGUUUCUGUAAAGAUCAGCCACUCGCCAUGUUGAAUAUUCUAUUUACGUUAUGGGAUUUAGUACUAUCUGAAAAGAUCUUUUCUUUCAAGGUCAUGUUAUUACACACUUUCAUAAUUUAUAUCGAGAACAUACCUUUAGGAUUUCCAUCAGAUGCGAUUAUUUUUAAUUUUGCUUCCGUCAAUACAGCCAGGGCUAUUAAGGAGGUAAAGAGUAAAAAAGAAUUGGAUGUUUUCUCUAAAGCCCUUUUAAGGAUUUUGACGCGUGUUUCUUUAAAUAAAAAUGAAGUUCUUCAAAAGGAGACAGUUGCACAAUUAUUGUCGAUACUUACAAUUAAAAAAGAUGAAUCUGAAGUAUGCAAUGAGGUUUACAACUAUGUGGUAAGAAAUUUAAAAGAAAUUGACGAUGACAUGCAAGCUUUAAUUUCUGUAUUAACAGAAGUUGGUACAGAAGCAUGUUUUACGGAAAUAAACUUCUUGGACAAAUUACAAAAAUAUGAACGUAAUUUAUCAUAUGCGAGCACUGCAACACUAUCUAGUAUGAAAAAAUUUCUUAGCGCGCACAAGACAUAUUUAAGCGUUAUUUUGAAUAAACUCGAUAAUAAAGGAUUUUCUGAAGAUUGCGAAGAUAGCGUGAUACAUAAAAUCAUAGUAGCAUUGUGUAACAUCUUAAGGACAUCGACUGACGAAAAGAUGAUCGUGGAAGCGAGUAAUUGUCUCGCGGAAGUCGGGACAUAUGAUUUAAAAACAUUGGUAACAGUACCACCGAAGGAUACGGCGCAGCUUGUCAAUGUAAAACCAACACAAUAUUUUGCGAUAACACUUGUUAAGGCAUUAUUGGAAAUUAUAUUUAACGAAAACCCAACAGUGAGUAAGCAAGUAUGCAAAGCAUUGUUACAUCUGAUGAAAUUUAAAGAUGGACAAAUUAUUAAAAUAGAAUGGGGAAUAGUCGAGAGUCAAAUAUUAAAAUGUCUUACGCCAUCAACAUGCGAAUCGUUCGCGCAGUUUAAAACUCGCAGUGUAUCUACAGAGUGGGUCCCUGCUAGUAACGAAAAUCAUGUCCAAUGGAUAACUCGGAUCACAGUGGAUCUCUUACAGAUGUUAGAAUCGCCUUCAAAUUAUCUCAGCUCUCUACCCCGUUUGUGCAUGCUAAAGCCUUCUAUAUGUUCAAAAAUCCUACCUUCGCUGGUGGGAUUAUUACUGGAGCACUCAUCGGAGAAUUUAAUGCAAGUUAUCGGCCAACAAAUAAAUAGUGUUUUCAAUUACAUCUGGAGCAGAAGUUUCAAUGAGACUACUUCGGCCUGUGAGAACAGCACCGUCUCCAAGAUAUCGAACAUUCUCGAUCAUGACCAGAAGAUGAUAGUCGACUACUUAUUGGACGUGGUUAACGCUAUACGCUUGCAGACGAAUCAUCUUCAAAUACGUUGUAAGUGGCGAGUAGCAGGCGCGCUGCGACACAUGAAGCUGGAGUACGAGAAGGUGUCGCGGGCGGCGGCGCUGGCGGAGCGGCACUUGGCGGCGCUGUACUACGCGGAGCUGUGGGCGGCCGCGCACAACGACGACGUGCCGCCCGCCUCGCCCCGCGCCGCCGCCCGCCUGCCCGCCGGCGAACACGUGCACAGGAUACUCCGGAACUGCUUUGUUUCGAUUGGAGAACUAGACGCAAUAGACGGCUGCGGCAAUGCUCAUUUGACGAGCGAGGAAGAGAGACGCAAGCAUCUAUUGCACACGGGCCAGCACGCGGAUGCCUUGCUGCUGCACGACAUCGUGCUC